AUGGAGAGAUGGAAGUCUAGUGUGGAGGUAUCACCGAAUUGUCCGAGGUGUGGCUCUUCCAAUACCAAAUUCUGCUAUUACAACAAUUACAGCUUGACACAACCGAGGUACUUCUGCAAAGGCUGUAGAAGAUAUUGGACUAAAGGAGGGUCCCUUCGGAACGUGCCAGUCGGAGGUGGCUGCCGCAAGAACCGAAGAGGUAAGUCGUUACUAAGGAUGCCGACUGAUGGUCAUGUCCCCUCCAAGUGUUUGUCAAGCGGUUUAGUUCCUCAUUACGAUCACAAAGUGAAUACCUUAUCUGAGUCUAAUAGCUCCUCAGCAAUGUCUGAUGGUUCUCAUAUUGAUCUGGCACUCGUUUUCGCAAACUUUUUGAAUAACAAACAACCGGAAAACACGUCUGGUUUCGAUGUGCCGGGAUUUCCUAGCGAGUUCGAUCCAUCUAAAGAGUUCAUAAAUGUGGAAUCGAAUCUUCAGCUACCAGGAGAGAAUGGUCUCAAUGAAUGCCUAGCGCAGUCCGAUUUGUCCAUGGAAAAUCAUUUGAGCAACAAUGAUCAAAUAUACUAUUCUGGAUUAGAAUCAGUUCACAAGCAUCAAGAUGGAGUUCAACAAUGUACGGGUCAUGAAACAAGCAAAUAUGCGUUGCCGCCUUUGCCAGGUGAUGAUUUAUCUUGUCAAGAAUAUUUACUGUGGCCAAAUUCUCAUUCCUUGCAAGCAACUCAAGAGCCAGUACUUCUAGAACCUGCAGACACUCACGACCCAAAUCUGCUGUUUGGUAACUGGAGCCCAUUUGAUUUGUCUAGUGAUGAUACUUUCACCAGGACUUGA